AUAGUCCAUGACGAAAGCAACGCUCCGUUCCAGUGUGUUCAGCAGAGCCGCGUAAGCACCCCUGAUUAUCUCAAUCAAUUGGCUUCGAAACAUUACGAACACUACAGAACCGAAUGUUCCAUAAAGAAUGAGCAAGCCGCUCAUGCGCAUCCCCUACACGGGGCUGUUCCCGCCGCCCGCCACCAUCCCAUCCACAGCCAACUCCCUCCCUGGCGCUAUCGCAGCUUUACAAGAGUUUCUCCACAGUCCGCCGCCCCGGGACCUGCCCCGUUCGACAGUGGUCUUGACGGGCGCAGGCCUUUCCGUAGCAAGCGGUCUAGCCGACUACCGCGGCGCCAAUGGCACCUACCGGGUCAACAAGACAUACCGGCCCAUCUACUAUCAUGAGUUCCUCUCGAAUCACGAAGCGCGCAAGCGUUACUGGGCGCGGAGUUUCCUCGGCUGGACGACGAUGCGGAAUGCAGCGCCCAACGCAGGGCACUACGCGGUGCGGGACCUAGGCCGGCUCGGCUUCGUGUCGAGUGUCAUCACACAGAAUGUGGAUUCCUUCCAUCCCAAGGCUCACCCUGAGAUCCCGACGCUGGAACUGCAUGGCUAUCUGCGGUCGACCGUGUGUACGUCGUGCUGGACCGAGUUUCCCAGGGAGACCUUCCAGGCCGAGCUGGCGAGGCUGAAUCCCCUGUGGAAUGCUUUUCUGCAGGAAGCUAUUACUACUGGGGCUCUCGAGACAGAGGACCCGUACGAGAAGCGUGCGCGCGGUAUCAGGAUGAAUCCGGAUGGUGACGUGGAGGUGCCCGAUGCACCGUAUACAACCUUUCGGUACCCUGCUUGCCCGAAGUGUUUGAGCAGUCCGCCGCCCCUGGCUGACGAGGUAAGGGGGGUGGUGGAGGUUGACAGCAACGGGGCCUGGAGCCCGACUAGCAAUGCCGGCAUCUUGAAGCCCGCCGUCGUCAUGUUUGGAGAGAGCAUCGCGAGUAAGGUCAAGCAGUCUGCCGACGAGGCGAUUGACAGCGCUGGGAGAUUGCUCGUCCUCGCGACGUCUAUGGCGACGUAUUCAGCUUGGAGGCUAGCCAAACGCGCUAAGGAUAGGGGGAUGCCAAUUGCCAUUGUAAACAUCGGCGGCGUUAGGGGCGAGGAUAUCUUCUUCGCCGGUGUGGACCCUGAUCAGACGGGCGGCCGCGGAGUGAGAGUCGAGAUGUCCACCGACACCUUGUUGCCGGCUCUUGUCCAGGACUUGCGGCAGCCUGGGCUCCGGAGUGUGCCGCGCGCUUCGGCUGGCACCGCGCCUUUCCAGGAGAAUGAAGGAGCUGUGUUCAAAAAGUUGUUACAAUAGAACCAGGCAUGAUAAGUUAAAUGGUGAUAAUCGUCGCUCCCAGGUGAAAGGAUGCCCUCAGAAAAACCCUUGGCUAGCGAGGGUGCUCUGCACCGGCGCCCGCGCCGUCUCUGGCGCAGGAGGAGCAUUAGGCUCCGGGUUCGGCGCCGGAGCCGUUUCGGGCUGCUUCUUCUGCUGGUUCUUUGCCGAUUCCCCGCGCUCGAUAUCCUUCAAGACUGAUGUAUCCGUCAGCAUUAUCCCGCCC